CUAAACCCUAACAAUAACGCAGAACUGCUUAGAGCUGAAAGAAAGAAAAAAAAAAUACAGCAGCAGAAGAAGAAACAUGGUUUCAGGGAGUGGCAUCUGCGCUAAACGAAUCGUUGUUGAUGCUCGUCACCAUAUGCUUGGAAGAUUAUCCUCCAUUAUCGCCAAAGAACUUCUCAAUGGACAGAAAGUUGUAGUUGUUCGAUGUGAAGAGAUCUGUCUUUCUGGUGGUCUGGUUCGUCAGAAAAUGAAGUAUCUUCGUUUCUUGAGGAAGAGGAUGAACACAAAGCCUUCUCAUGGUCCUAUUCAUUUCAGGGCUCCUGCUAAGAUCCUUUGGAGGACCAUCCGUGGUAUGAUUCCACACAAGACCAAGCGUGGUGCUGCUGCACUUGCUCGAUUUAAGGCUUAUGAGGGUAUCCCACCGCCCUAUGACAAGACCAAGAGGAUGGUUAUCCCUGAUGCUCUUAAGGUUUUGAGACUUCAACCUGGACACAAGUACUGCCUGUUGGGAAGACUUUCAUCUGAGGUUGGAUGGAGUCACGCUGAUACAAUCAAGGAACUUGAGGAGAAGAGAAAGGCAAGGUCCCAUGUGGCGUACGAACGUAAAAAGCAAUUGAACAAGUUGAGGCUCAAGGCUGAGAAGACAGCUGAAGGACAUCUUGGUGCACAAAUAGAGAUUCUUGCGUCAGUCAAGUACUAGAUUGUUUAAUGGUUUCUUUUUAAAGUGACAAUUUUGAGGAUUUUGGUGCCUGCCACUUUACUUCUGAUUUUGAGACUUCUUCCUUGUUUGGUUGCAACAUACUUCCUUUAGGAAGUGGUGGUAAUGUUAUCCUGCUAUAGGGAAUAUUUGCUGGGAAUUCGAUAUCUCACCCCUUAUGAAGUUUUAGUUACUAUUAAUUGUCUCCGAAUCUCAAGUGGUUCUUCUGCCAAA